CGUCGCUAGUCUUGCGUCAUCAUUCGGUCGUGUAGCUAGCUAGCAGCACCUCGCAACGGAGAGAACUCGGCAUGGCGUGUGAGACGAGCGAAGGAGACGUUGUUUCGGAGUACCUGGACCAGAACCCCCGGCUGGCCCAAUGGGUCGACACGUUCAGGACCUACUGCGAGAGCAACAAGCAGUGGGCUGCUCGGAGGGAGUUCCUCCUCAGGAACAUGGAGGCUUUCCCCGCGAUGGAGCCCGGAGUCCCCAGCAGCAGCCUGGACAAGCUGCUCUCGCUGUCCAUGGUGUGGGCCAACCACGUCUUCCUCGGCUGCAGCUACCCACAGGCUGUGAUGGACAAGAUCUCUGAGAUGGGUGAGGGGAUAGUCGUGAAGGACGGCCCGAUGCACAAAACCACAAAGGAUGGAAUCCUGUCCAGAGGAAAGCGGGGCGCCGCGGCUGACGGCGACGGCGCUGUGAAGAGAUCCCGAUGCGGAGCUAACGAGCGCGGCCAGAAAUCCGGCCCUCGGCCACAGGCGCCGGCGGAGCACCAGCCCUUCUUCAACCGCCUCUACAAGGCCGUGGCCUGGAAGCUGGUGUCGGCGGGGGGCUUCGGCCCCAACCUGGACCACUUUGAAAUACUUCGCAGCUGCGUGGAGUCGUGUAAAGAGACCCUGACCAGCGUGUUCGUGCCGCUGAAGGACAUCGCCGGCCUCCCCGCCGCUCGCACGCAGAAGGAGGGCCACGUGUGCGAGAUCCGCUGUCGGACGGUGUACAUGGGGACGGGGUACGGGCGGGACGAGGCCGCCGCCAGGGCCAUGGCCUCCAAAGAGGCCCUGAAGGUCUUCCAGGGCCGAAAAGUGACAGUAAAGAUCUGCAGGCGGAGGUACAAGGGGAAGGACGUGGAGGAUCUGAUGCUGCUGGACGAGCAGCCCCGGAAUCAGGGCUUCCCUCCGGCUCUCAGCUUCCCCUUCGAGGCCGAGCGGCGGGAAGACGGCUCCUCGUAGGGCGUUUGCUGCCGCCGCGCCUGCCCGGAGAUGAGACAACGCGCCGCCCGCUGGUGGAGCUGCUGAAGGAACUCGAGAGCGCGACGGGGUCCGGACCGAUUGUCAAUUGCCACAAUGCUUGUUUCAUGACGCCGCUGGCACGUUGUCAGCGGAACGAUGUCCGGGACGUCGCUUUCAGCUGCACUGGCGGCGUGUGACGUGCCGUCAUUCGAAGGUCAGACCGCCGCGAACUGGAAGGAAACGUUAAACCAACAAAAGGCAAAAGCGUUUGAGGUUAAAACUUGAAGAAACACUUUUGGCCGUCGCGUUCGGCGUGCGUUUAAUUUUCCCACUGUUGAUUCCUGCUGUGACGCUGCUGCUUUUCAUCUGAUGCUCGGCUGUGACAGGUGAUCAUAACCGGGAACGUUUCCCGGUUAUGAUCACCCGUCACUUCACCUGAUUAUUUUGUUUAUGUUGAACUUAAUUUUUUUCAAUUGAAUUGAUAUCAAUUAUUUUAGUUUUUUCACAAAUGUUCCAAUUAACUGUUUGAGCUGCUGGUUGUUUCUGUGUCUCAUUUCUACUGAUCCAAAUAUUAAUUGUUCAAAGUUGGACCUCGCUCAAGUUAUUCAGAGGCACCCACGUUUAAAAUUGUUUUGUACCGCAGCAUGUUCAAGAGGCCGAACAGUGCUCAUCACUAAGUACUAAAUGCUUUUAUUUUAGUUCAUUCUUUAACUUCACUGUUUAAAAGAAGAAAGACUGAGACCCGACGUCGAGAAGUUCCCCGUGAUGACGGUCGCCAUGGUUGCUGUGACUUCUUUUCUUUUCCCGUUUGGGUCAAAGGUCAACAGGGUUUCUUAGAAGUGUGAGUUCCCGUAUGUUACUGUACAUUUACACCAAUGUUCUGUUUCUAAAUAUAUUUUUAAAUGAACAAAAUCA